GCCCGCGGGCGCGGCCGGACCGCUGCGAUGUGGCUCAAGCCUGAGGAGGUGCUGCUGAAGAACGCCCUGAAGCUCUGGGUGACUCAGAAGAGCAGCUGCUACUUCAUCCUGCAGCGGCGCCGAGGGCACGGCGAGGGGGGCGGUCGCCUCACGGGUCGCCUGGUAGGAGCGCUGGACGCAGUGCUGGAUUCCAAUGCCCGGGUUGCUCCAUUUCGAAUUCUGCUCCAAGUUCCUGGGUCCCAGGUUUAUUCUCCCAUCGCAUGUGGUGAGUUACUGAGUGGAUCAGACGUUUACUGGGCCAUAGCUACGGGUGCAACAUUAGAGGAAAUAAACCAGCAUUGGGACUGGCUGGAACAAAAUCUCCUCCAUACGUUGUCCGUCUUUGAUAAUAAAGAUGACAUUGCCAGUUUUGUGAAGGGGAAGGUGAAGGCUCUGAUUGCGGAGGAGACGAGCAGCAGGCUUGCUGAGCAGGAAGAGGAGCCCGAGAAGUUCCGAGAAGCCUUGGUGAAGUUCGAGGCCAGGUUCAACUUCCCCGAGGCAGAGAAGCUGGUCACCUAUUAUUCCUGCUGCUGCUGGAAGGGCAGGGUCCCCCGCCAAGGCUGGCUGUACCUCAGCAUCAACCACCUCUGCUUCUACUCCUUCUUCCUGGGCAAGGAGCUUAAGCUUGUAGUCCCUUGGGUCGAUGUCCAGAAGUUAGAGAGAACGUCCAAUGUCUUUCUGACUGAUACUAUUCGAAUCACCACUCAGAGCAAGGAGCGAGACUUCUCCAUGUUCCUAAACCUCGAUGAGGUGUUCAAGAUCAUGGAGCAGCUGGCGGAUGUGACACUCCGCAGGCUACUGGAUAAUGAGGGCUUUGACCUUGACCCAGACCUGCAGGAGCCAAGCCAGAUCACCAAGAGAGACCUUGAAGCCAGAGCGCAGAAUGAGUUCUUCCGGGCUUUCUUCAGGUUGCCGAGGCAGGAGAAGCUGCACGCGGUCGCGGACUGCUCCCUGUGGACGCCCUUCAGUCGCUGCCACACUGUCGGGCGGCUCUUUACCUCCGACAGCUACAUCUGCUUUGCCAGCAAGGAAGAUGGCUGCUGCAACGUCAUCCUCCCGCUGCGAGAGGUCGUGAGCAUUGAGAAGAUGGAGGACACGAGUCUGCUGCCUAACCCCAUCAUCGUCAGCAUCAGGAGCAAGAUGGCCUUCCAGUUCAUCGAGCUCAAGGAUAGAGACAGCCUGGUGGAGAGCCUGCUCCUGAGGCUGCAGCAGGUGCACGCCCACCACCCUGUGCAUUACGACACCUCCCAGGAUGAAGACAUGGCUUCCCCUGUGUUUCAUUCAACAAGCAUAUGCAGCGACCACAAGUUUGGGGAUCUUGAAAUGGUGUCUUCCCCAAAUAGUGAGAAAAGUGAAGAGAAGAGCCUGCGGCUGCACCCUGAGGCCCUGAUAGCUGUCUCCCAGCAGUCGGGGGGCCAGAGCCCCGACUCUCGACUGUCCAGAGAACAAAUAAAAAUCAGCCUGUGGAAUGACCACUUUGUGGAAUAUGGCAGAACAGUGUGUAUGUUUCGCACAGAGAAGAUCCGGAAACUUGUAGCCAUGGGGAUCCCUGAAUCUCUGAGAGGCAAACUGUGGCUCCUCUUUUCAGAUGCCGUGACCGACCUGGCCUCACACCCCGGCUACUAUGGGAACCUGGUGGAGGAGUCCAUGGGGAAGUGCUGCCUGGUGACCGAGGAGAUAGAGCGGGACCUGCACCGUUCCUUGCCUGAGCACCCUGCCUUCCAAAACGAAACGGGGAUUGCUGCCUUGAGGAGAGUCCUGACGGCUUAUGCCCACCGGAACCCCAAAAUUGGGUACUGCCAGUCCAUGAACAUCCUGACCUCUGUUUUGUUGCUGUACGCCAAGGAGGAGGAAGCCUUCUGGUUGCUGGUUGCCGUAUGUGAGCGGAUGCUGCCUGACUACUUCAACCACCGAGUGAUUGGGGCCCAAGUGGACCAGUCAGUGUUUGAGGAGCUCAUCAAGGAACACCUGCCUGAGCUGGCAGAGCACAUGAACGACCUCUCGGCCCUGGCGUCCAUUUCGCUCUCAUGGUUCCUGACCCUGUUCCUGAGCAUCAUGCCUCUGGAGAGUGCAGUGAACGUGGUUGACUGCUUCUUCUACGAUGGGAUCAAAGCCAUCUUCCAGCUGGGGCUGGCUGUGCUUGAGGCCAAUGCUGAGGACCUGUGUAGCAGCAAGGAUGAUGGCCAGGCCUUGAUGGUCCUCAGCAGAUUUCUAGAUCACAUUAAGAAUGAGGACAGCCCAGGACCCCCUGUUGGCAGCCAUCAUGCCUUUUUCUCCGAUGACCAGGAACCUUAUCCUGUGACAGACAUUGCUGACCUGCUUCGGGACUCCUAUGAGAAAUUUGGAGAUCAGUCAGUGGAGCAGAUUGAGCACAUGCGCUGUAAGCACAGGAUCAGGGUUCUCCAAGGCCACGAAGACACUACCAAACAGAACGUUCUCCGAGUCGUUACCCCAGAAGUCUCAAUUCCUCCUGAAGAUCUAGAGGAACUCUAUGAUUUGUUCAAGAGAGAACACAUGAUGAGCUGUUACUGGGAGCAGCCGGGACCCAUGGCCCCGCGUCACGACCCCAGCAGGCCCUACGCGGAACAGUACCGCAUCGACACCCGGCAGUUUUCCCACCUGUUUCAGCUUGUCUCACCAUGGACCUGUGGGUCCCACACUGAGAUCCUUGCUGAAAGGACUUUCAGGCUCCUGGAUGACAACAUGGAUCAUCUUAUUGAAUUUAAAGCAUUUGUGAGCUGUCUCGAUACUAUGUAUAAUGGAGAGAUGAAUGAGAAAAUUAAACUGUUAUAUAGGCUUCAUAUCCCUCCAGCACUCACUGAAAAUGAUCGCGACAGCCAGUCACCACUGAAGAAUCCUCUGUUGUCAACAUCAAGACCUCUGGUUUUUGGGAAGCCAAAUGGUGAUGCAAUUGAUUAUCAGAAACAGCUGAAGCAGAUGAUUAAGGAUUUGGCCAAAGAAAAAGAUAAAACUGAGAAAGAGUUGCCUAAAAUGAGCCAGAGAGAAUUUAUCCAGUUCUGUAAAACUUUGUAUAGUAUGUUCCAUGAAGAUCCAGAGGAAAACACUUUGUAUCAAGCCAUUGCCACAGUAACCACCCUGCUGCUGCAGAUCGGGGAAGUGGGCCAGAGAAGUAGCAGUUCAGGAAGCUGCUCCCAGGAAUGUGGAGAGGGGCUGCAGGCUUCAGCUCCUUCUCCUGAGGACUUGGUUUUUGCUGACACUGGCCCCAGGAAGAUGCCCCCGGAGUCCCAGGUAUUUUCUGAAGAGGCAGAAGGGGACUGGACUGUCUCCCUUGAACACAUUCUAGCAUCACUUCUCACUGAACAGGCAUUAGUAAACUUUUUUGAAAAGCCACUGAACAUUAGAUCCAAACUUGAAAAUGCCAAGAUUAAUCAGUAUAGUCUCAAAACUUCUGAAAUGAGCCACCAAUCACAGCCUGAACUCAAGAUGAACAACCUCUAAGCAAGAGUGGUGCUGUGGACUCUGCCAUACCAAAGCAAGGACCAGUUUUGUGGGUUGUCUGCCCAUAAAUCCACUGUCUGAUUUUGAGUUUACAAGAUGGUGUCCAGACAAGCAACAUAACAAGCCACAAUUGUGGCUAGGAGAACUGAUGUAACCCUCAACAUUUCUAUUUAUUCUGAGAAUUCAGUUGGACAUUGUACUAAAAUGUAUCCAUCAGUUCUCCUGAAAGCUGUGACUUGCAAUUUCACUUUGAUCAGAUUUGAAAUGGGCACUUUUUGUGAUACUAAUCCAGAGAGAAGAGCCAAAGCUUAUUUUUCACAUGGAGUGACAAUGGAAAGGUUAAGAAUCAAGUUCACUUUCAAAAUCUGAGAGCCACUAUUCGUGCAAUUGUAUUUGGGUUUUUUGCACUAAUUUUGUUUCAAUGCUGGUAAUUGAAACCAUUUUAAUAUAUAUGGUUGUAUUCCCUUUGUGUCCUUCCAAAAAUGUGUACAAACCUUGCUUUCAAUGUUGGUCUCCAAGUUUUUAAAUAAGAAACUUUUGUAUUGAC